GUGCAGAGAGGGAAGGAGCUUGGAAUGGUAAUUCACUCCGCGGAGCCAGCAAUAUGAGCGUCUGUGGUACCGUUCGUUGAGAAAACGCCGCGACGUGACAAAAUUCCAUCGUCGUGAAAUCGCGUGCCGUACGUGUCGCGCGACGUUCGCGUGUUCUUCGCGAGUGUGUUAAACAGUGUCGUGUCUGAUUACCGUUCCCCCACCCAGUCACGCAUACGCGCGCGCGCGCACACACACACACACGUGGAUACACGGAUUCUUGGGGUUAGUUCGCCGGAUUCACGGAAGGAUUAUCGCCAGCCGUCGUCGAUCCCAUCGCAUCGCUCGCCGCAACGCCGAGGAAUUGCUUUCGGUGAAGAGAAUUUCUCGACUUAGGCUAAGAUGUCACAUCACAGCGACGACAACAUGCUGAUAGCAACAUCAGAUUCCUUCUGGGAGCCGGGCAACUACAAGCGAACGACGAAGAGGAUCGAGGACGGUCAUAAGCUCUGCGACAGUUUGAUAGCGUUGGUCCAGGAAAGGGCGGAGAUUGAAAAGAGCUACGCCAAGGCGCUCAAGAACUGGUCCAAGAAUUGGAACGACAAGAUCGAGAAAGGACCUGAAUACGGUACGACCGAGGCGGCGUGGAAGGGCGUCCUGGUAGAAUCCGACAGACUUUGCGAUCUUCACCUCAGGGUCAAAGAGAAUCUCUGCAAUGACAUCGUUCAGCAAGUCAAAACGUGGCAGAAGGACACGUACCACAAGUCGAUGAUGACCCUGAAGGAGCGCAAGGAAAUGGAAGAUGCGUUCAAGAAGGCGCAAAAGCCAUGGGCAAAACUCCUACAGAAGGUCGAGAAGGCAAAAUCGGAAUAUCACAACAGCUGUAAGACUGAACGUACCGCGGCGAACAUGGAGAGGAACGCCUCGGCGGACAGUUCUCUCUCGCCGGAUCAGAUGGCCCGAGGCUCUGAAAACGUAAAGAAAAUGCAGGACAGAGUGCAAAAAACGAAAGAGGAAGUGCAAAAGGCAAAGGAGAAGUACGAAGCGGCGCUUCAAGAAAUCAAUCAAUAUAAUCCAAAGUACAUGGAAGACAUGACGCAAGUGUUUGAGAAGUGCCAGGAAAUGGAGGCGCAGCGACUACAAUUUUUCAAAGACGUCCUCUUCGGCAUUCACAAAUGUCUGAACAUAUCGCAAGAUCCAGUGCUUCCACAGAUAUACGAGGAAUUUUAUCAUACGAUAAAUAACGCCGAUCACGAGAAAGAUCUCAAGUGGUGGUCUAAUAAUCAUGGUGUAAAUAUGGCUAUGAAUUGGCCGCAGUUCGAGGACUACACAGAGGAGUUCCGCGAGAUCACGAAGGGCUCGAAGUCGAAGGAGGCGCUCCCAGCAGGCUCCAUCACACUCAUCAAUCAACGCCCGGUCGGCGAGGAUCUGCAUGAAUUUCCACCGGUCAACAACAAAUCAAAAUCGAAGUCCACCGGCCGUGUAAUAUCAGCGGACAACAAUCACGGAGAUAGCAAAACCGACACAAUAAGUUCGAGCAAACAGUCUUCGGAGAAGAACAACGAGAGCGAUAACGUCAAUAGGACUGCAACUAUUACUAACGGUACUAACGCCAAGCAAGAGUCAAACCCAUUCGAAGAGGAGGAAUGGGACGAGGACGGUGGUGAACCACUGGUUGACAAUGGGGAACCAGGGGUUCCUGUGCGAGCGUUAUACGACUACGAAGGAGCUGAAGCGGACGAACUUAGUUUUAAGCAAGGAGAUGUAUUCGAGAAGUUAGAAGACGAAGAUGAACAAGGAUGGUGUAAAGGAAGGAAGGACGGUAAGGUGGGUCUUUAUCCGGCGAACUAUGUAGACUUGGUGUCGCAAUAGAUUCACUAUAUAAAGCCAAAUCCACAAGUUCGUUAGUUACUUAAAUAUGUAACCUUUGCGCGAAGAACAAAAUUUCGUUUCUCUUCGCUGUUGUCUGCGCAAAUUGUAAUUCGUGGAACGCCAAUUUCGCGGCGCAUUAAAAGAGAAAUUAAUGAUGAAUGAAUAUAAAAUAAAAAAAACUGAGUUACAACAUUUUAAAGUUCAAAACUUGAACCUAAAUUGUCUGCAUUUACGAAUUGUAUAAAUAGUGAGAAGUGAUUUUGUUUCGAGAUCUAUCUCCGCAUCAGAGGUAACUAUAGCGGAGUCAAUUUAAAUGAAUAACUUCUUAUGCAAAAAGAUAGCUCCUCACUCUUUAUGAAUGAAAUUUGUUUUUAGAUAGCUAAGUUAAAAUCAAAAUCCUUUAUUAAUUAAUUUCAAUGGAUAAACAUUGAUUACACGCAUGCGGCGCGUAUAGCAAGUUUAGAUAUUGGAAUAUUGUACAAUCAUUUUACGGCUCAUUGUUGCUACUCACAAUUUUUUGGUUAAUGCGACAAGAGUUCUAUUUAAUUUAUUGUUAUUAAAAAAAUACUAUUAAAAUCUAAUGUCUAUCUAAAUGGUGUCAUUGUACAUAAUAGACAUAAGAGUAUAGCAAUACGUGAAGUUAUUAUUACCAUUUUAUAUAUA